UUUUAGUUUCGUUUAAAACGUACGCGCGCCAAGACGCAAAAACCAACACAGCACGAAAUUCAAUCGCAAAUCAUUUAUAAACAACACAAAAUCCAAACUAAUUUUGAAUACAACAAAAUUUGUCGGCGUAAUACUCAAGUGUGCCCAUAGUCAGCGAAUUUAUUUCGUGAAUCCAAAAAACCCAACCCACCCUAACCAACCAGCGUCUUAAGUAACCGCCAAGAUGUCUCACUCCGUGACUAUAACACGUACAACAACCAGUACCACCAACACCUCCUACAUUGUGCUCAAUACGGGCUACCUCAAGACCUUCCCUGGAAUUCUGAAGCUCUUUCAACUGAUCAUUGGCAUUACCGUUGUGACCUUGAUGGCGAUUAACGUCCGUGGAUAUUAUUACGGUGACGCGGAGUUGUUCCAUUUCCUGAUGGCCACCACAUUUAUGAUAGGGACAUUUUGUUUAUUACUCGCCUGUCUCACAUCGUUGAGCACGGGUGGGCUUAUCGCCAAGACAAUUUACGAAUUGAUCUAUCAUACGGUAGCAGCUCUCCUGCUGCUCGCUUCAUCCGCCUUCCUGCUGAUCAAGAUGCAGAAUAGGAAACAUGAUACCUAUAUGGCAGCCGCUAUUUUAGGCCUGGUCAAUUCGGUGCUGUACUUCAUAAGCGCAUUCCUGGCACAUCGAUCAUAUCGCGGCAUUUAAGCGAGGCAAUCGCUUGCAUUUUACAGAAAGCGCAUCAGCAUCAUUCAAGUCAAUAAAUUUAACAAACAGAUCAUCUUAGAAUCAGAAUCGGCUAAAGCCAUACAGAGAGUCUCUUUGUUGUACUUUUAAAUAAUUGUGGCGCUACAUUACAUAUUAUUAUAAUGAUUAUUAUUUUAAUAUAUUUUAUUUUACAUCAUUUUUUACCUUUUAUCUCACUCGUCUGUCUUUUAUACCAAACAGAAUAUAAUGUAUUCGAAUAAACGUGUCUAUAUGUUUUUUUUUU